UGUGUGGCCCCCGUGGGUGGGGUGGGGACAGGGGCCUGGCUCUUAAGGAGCGGGACAAACAUGGAGAGAUCUUGCACGGAGGCCCAGAGCUUGGACCUGGGUUCUGGGGCAACAUGCCCCUACCCACUGUGCCACCCUAGCAGGGCAGAGUAAGGCCAGCAGAGGCCAGGGCAGCCGUGACUCCGAGCCAUGGCUGGGGAACCAUGGCAGGCUAGGCUGGGCCUGGCCUCCUGUUUUCUUCCUGCUCCUUCUGCCCCAGUCCAGAGCUAGGACAUGUUUGCAGCCAUCUCCUAGGACCCUCUCCCCCAAAUGGCUUCUAUGGUCCUCUACCCUGGUUCCCAAAGUGCAGGGGUUAGCCAAAAGGGAUAGCAUGGGCAGCUGCCAGGGGUGUAGCUGACAGGCAGGUGCUCGGCGCCAGCCUUUCCAGCUGCCCCAACAGGUGCCCAGGCACCCGAGAGGGUGCAGUGACUCACAGGCCCUGAGGAAGAGCCAGCUCUGCAGACAGGCGCCACUAGAUCCCCAUCCUCCUGGUUGAGGAGAAACAACUUGGGGUUGUUCCCUUUCUCCCUGGGUUCUGUGAUGCCACCCUAUCCCCCAUAUAUUGGUCCCUGCUAGCCUGGGUGGGCCAACCCGUGCUCCCUGCCAGCUCCUGCCUCCUUUGGUGGUCCUAUUUCAGGGCCUCUAACCCUCUAGCUGUUCUACAAAGACCCUUUUCAAAAGGUCUUCCCAGGACCUGGGGACAAGUCUGGGGGGGGAAAUGCCCCAUGGCCAGUUUCCUGCCCCCAUGCAACACCCAGCACAGUUUCAAGCUCUCUUUAGUUGCUGUCACCUCAAUACCUUGUCGCUUUGUCACUCCACAUGCCUGUUCCCCAGUGUCUUGCUGUUGGCCCUUGGCCUGUGUGCCCUUCUCGGUCAUUGUCUGAACCUUUCCCAACUCCCUUUGGUCCCCUAUCCUUAUGAUUCAGGGCCUGCUCUUCUCCUCCUCUCCCAUUUCACAGAUGGGAAGGUGGAGGCCAAAGGCUAGGCCACUCAGUCUCUGGAAGACCCUCCCCUCCCCACCCCUUUCCUCUGUGACUCUCUCGGUCUCCCUUUUACGAGUGUAAAGCUGGCUGGCAGGGUAAACUGAGAUCUGGGAUGGGGGCAGGGGUCUGGCUCUCCUGGAAGAAGCAAGUCCUUUUGUGGCCUGAGCUGCAUCCUGCAGCCCCUCCCCUGCCAGGCUUCCAGGGUGGGGGAGGGGGCCUGGGUUCCUGCUGCCUUAAAAGGGCUCAAUGUCUUGGCGCUCUCCUCCCUCCCUCGUCCUCCCCUUGGCCGGUUCUUCCCUGUGGGCCCACUUUCCCUGAACCCCCUCUCUCACCUCCACAACCUACUCAAUUUCCCCUCUUUAAUGCCCAUACCCAUCCCUUUUCCACCCUGCCUGCCAGGUUCUGGCUUCUUCCACCCUGUGGGAGGCCAGGCCUCCCUCUGAACCUCCCACUGCCCCUGAACCUCGGCCUCCACUCCUGGCCAGUACCCCUUGCUGCUGAGCCUUUCUAGCCAUAGGCCCUCCUCAGCUGGAGCCCUCCUGCUGCCUUCCGGGAGGACUGCUGGACGCCCUUCCAACAGUGCCCCAGCUGUGCCUUGGCACUGGUGUCCCCUCUUUCAGGCCUCCUACCUCCAAAUUCUGUUUCUCAAAAUGUGCUUCGAGAAACACAGCACCUCAUCUAGACUGCUGGACACAGCUGCAGCUCUGGGUCAUAGCCAAAGACAUACAAAAUGAAAAGUUUGGGAUUGGGGACGGGGACCGGAGACGGCACCUUAAUCAUCAUCCAGAGUGAGGGUGGAGGGCCUGAGGCUCGGGGGUCUGGAAAUGGGCUGUCUCUGCACCUGCUCUUCAAGGCUUCCGAUCCGGGGCAUGUGCUGCCCAGCUCUUCCCACCUUGCAUCCUCUGGCCCAAGCCCUGUGCCAAAAACAGGUCCCCAGUCAUCUCUCCUCCACGGGAGGGUCCCAGAACAUCACAUGGUGUUUAUGUGGGAGAGCUACAGUGGAGCUGAGGGGCAGGGAGAAGGGGAGACUGAAGGACAGACCCUUGUCCAUCCAAGUGACCCUCUGUUUUUCCUCUACUGCAGCGGAGCCCAUUGCAGCGAGGCUUAAGGAGGUUCGACUGCAGAGGGAUGACUUUGAGAUUCUGAAGGUGAUUGGACGCGGGGCAUUCAGCGAGGUAGCAGUGGUGAAGAUGAAGCAGACGGGCCAGGUGUAUGCCAUGAAGAUUAUGAAUAAGUGGGACAUGCUGAAGAGAGGAGAGGUGUCGUGCUUCCGAGAAGAGAGGGAUGUGUUGGCAAAUGGGGACCGGCGCUGGAUCACGCAGCUGCACUUCGCCUUCCAGGAUGAGAACUACCUGUACCUGGUCAUGGAGUACUACGUGGGCGGGGACCUGCUAACGCUGCUGAGCAAGUUUGGGGAGCGGAUCCCGGCCGAGAUGGCGCGCUUCUACCUGGCCGAGAUUGUCAUGGCCAUAGACUCAGUGCACCAGCUGGGCUAUGUGCACAGGGACAUCAAGCCAGACAACAUCUUGCUGGACCGCUGCGGCCACAUUCGCCUGGCAGACUUUGGUUCCUGCCUCAAACUGCGGGCUGAUGGAACGGUGCGGUCCCUUGUGGCUGUGGGUACCCCGGACUACUUGUCUCCAGAGAUCCUGCAGGCUGUGGGCGGCGGCCCUGGGACAGGCAGCUAUGGGCCUGAGUGUGACUGGUGGGCGCUGGGUGUGUUCGCCUAUGAAAUGUUUUACGGGCAGACGCCCUUCUACGCCGACUCUACGGCUGAGACUUACGGCAAGAUUGUCCACUACAAGGAGCACUUGUCUCUGCCACUGGCAGACACUGGGGUCCCAGAAGAGGCUCGAGACCUCAUCCAAGGUCUGCUGUGUCCCGCGGAGAUAAGGCUAGGACGUGGUGGAGCAGACGAUUUCCGGAAGCAUCCUUUCUUCUUUGGCCUUGACUGGGAGGGACUUCGAGAUAGCCUGCCCCCCUUUAUUCCGGACUUCGAGGGUGCCACCGAUACUUGCAACUUUGACGUGGUGGAGGAUGGGCUCACUGCCAUGGUGAGCGGGGGCGGGGAAACACUGUCGGACAUUCCGGAAGGUAUGCCGCUGGGGGUCCACCUGCCUUUUGUGGGCUACUCCUACUCCUGUAUGGCCCUCAGGGACAGUGAGGUCCCAGACCCCACACCAAUGGAACUGGAGGCCCAGCAAUUGCCUGAGCCACGUGUGCAAGAGCCCAGCGUGGAGCCCAGGGUGCCCCCCCCAGAGGACAUGGCUGAAGUGGCAGAUCCAACUGCUGCCCCCGCGGCAGAGACAGAGUCGGAGGUGACCCUGCGGGAGCUCCAGGAAGCCCUGGAGGAGGAGGUGCUCAGCCGGCAGAACCUGAGCCUCGAGCUGGAGGCCAUCCGCACGGCCAACCAGAACUUCGCCAGUCAGCUACAGGAGGCCGAAGCCCGGAACCGAGACCUGGAGGUGCACAUCCAGCAGCUGCAGGAGCGGCUGGAGUUGCUGCAGACAGAGGGAGCCGCAGCUGUCACGGGGGUCCCCAGUCCCCGGGCCACGGAUCCACCUUCCCAUCUAGAUGGCCCCCCGGCCGUGGCUCUGGGCCAGUCCCCGCUGGUGGGGCCAGGCCCCAUGCACCGCCGCCACCUGCUGCUCCCUGCCAGGGUCCCUAGGCCUGGCCUAUCGGAGGCGUGUUCCUUGCUCGUGUUCGCCGCUGCUCUGGCUCGUGCCGCCUCCUUGGGCUGCAUUGGGUUGGUGGCCAGCGCAGGCCAUCUCGUCCCAAUCUGUCAUCGCCCGGGAGCCACCUUCGUCCCCUGAACCCUAGACCUCAGGCUCGGUUAAAGGGUUGGGUGACCCGGGCUCGGCCUAGAAGCUGCUCCCACCGCCUCCCAGUUCAUACCGCUCCGAGCGCGGGUCUUCGCCCAGCUCCAAUCCUGUGAUCCGGGCCCGCCCCCUGGCGGCCGGGAAGGGGGGAGCCGGAUCCUUGGCCGGCGAAUGGGGUUAGCGGGGGACUUGCAGCCAGGAAUGUUGUUGCUGCUGAGGCUGCUGCGGCUGCUGCUGGGGGGAGUUGCCGAUCACUGCUUUCUUCUGGGAGGGUUGAGGCCCCGACGUGGAUGGGCAGAUCGCGGUCCAGAGAAGGCAGCCGACCGGAGCUCAGCCAUCCUCGACCUGGAUGAGCAUGUCACGGUCCGAAAAGGCAGCCGACCGGAGCUCAGCCAUCCGAUUUUCACCCUCCACGCACCUGCCAUCUGUUCGCAAACCACAAAUCCUCCCUGUGCAUGAACUCCUAUUCUCUCCGGAACGUUCUACCGCAGCGAACGUUCGGCGUCACCUCUGCCUGCUCCCUCGGGAACUUUUUGCUUUUGCCAGCCCCCCUCCCCCCUUACGUGCGCUGCUCUAGGAGCCACAGCUGGCUCCGCCCGUCUCGGUGGUUUGGAUAUUUAUUGCCUUUAUCCUCCGACUUGCUGACAGCCUCCAGGACCCCAUCACCCUAAUCCACGUUUUGGAUGCACUGAGACUCGACAUUCCUCGGUAUUUAUUGUCUGGCCCCACCUAGGACCCCCACCCCCGACCCUCGCAAAUAAAAGACCCUUUCGUCUGCCUGAA